AGGUUGUCAGUUUAGUACAGUUGUUUUGACGUGUAGCUCGCUCCCCGAAAAAAUUCGCAUUUUCCUCCAGCAAACACUCAUUUUCUCGAGGAUUUUCCAAAUUAGCUGCACGACCAUCGGAUGGGGGAUUCAAUGGAGAAUGUGGCGAUUGAGGGGGAGAAGUGGGGAUUCCCACUUAAGGAUAUCUAUCGACUCGCGCUGAAGUUCUACAAAGAGAAAUUGGGAAAGGCGGUGUACAUCAGUUACGAGGACAACUUGAAGCUGGUGGCGUUCACGCAGCAGGCGACUCAUGGGGCCCUUGACCCCGACAAAACUCCCCCAAUUGGCGUCCUCGAUGUUAUCGGACGCGACAGACGUGUGGCGUGGCAGCAGUUGGGCGAUAUUGGCCGUGGUCAGGCGAUGCAGGGCUUUAUCGAUCUCCUGGAUCGCCUCUGUCCGACCUUCAAGCCCUACGCUGAGGCCAUUCGGAAGGACAAGGAGGAGAAGGUGAGGCAAGCAGAACAUGACCAGCAGCUGGAGAAGGAGAGACAAGUCUUGGAGCAGUUGCAGCUGGAGGAACAGAAGAGGAUAGAUGAUGAGAAGAACAGGGCAGAGCAGCAGAAGAGGCAGCUCCAGAAUGUCCUAAAUCAGCAGACAUUUCAUCAAUUCAAGGCGUACGCCGACAAACAGUUUCCUGGGAAUCCUGAUCAACAGGCGCACCUCAUUCGACAGCUGCAGAAUGAGCACUAUCAUCAGUACAUGCAGCAGUUGCAGGCACAGGUUGUGCCCGGAGAGAAUGGGGGCCAUUCGAAGACGGGCAGCACUGAGAAUCUGCUGGAGAGCGCCGAAUUGGCCGCAGAGGCGGAGGAGAGUCUAUGCCAAAGUGAUAAUGAGGAAUCUAGUGAGUAUCCAGUGAUAAGUCGAGCCAGCAUGUGGACAAGAUCCGACCUGAAGGCCUUCAAGCAGGAGGUUUCAGCCGGUUCGGGCGAUGGAGUCAUCAGGGUUGGACACGGAGACACAGUCACGGUCCGCGUUCCCACGCAUGAGGGCGGAUCCUGCUUGUUCUGGGAAUUCGCCACUGACAACUACGACAUCGGCUUUGGAGUGUACUUUGAGUGGGGCAAGUCACCAACCUCCGAGGUUUCCGUUCACAUAAGCGAGAGCGACGAUGAGGACGAGCUUGGCGAGGACGAGGAGGACUUGGACUCAUCGGAUAUGGCGACGGUGGACGACCUGGAGUCGGGUCCUUUGCAGACCAUCGUCCCAUCCUCCCUGCAAAACAAACCACCCAUCUCUAUCAUCGUUCCCAUCUAUCGCCGGGACUGCCAGAAUGAGGUGUACGCGGGCUCUCACGUGUAUCCCGGAGAGGGUGUUUACCUUCUCAAGUUCGACAAUUCCUACAGCCUGUGGCGCUCCAAAACACUCUACUACCGAGUAUUCUACACUCGAUAAUCUCUCACCCCUCAUGCUAAUCAAAUAUCAAUGUUGAGCACUGAAGAGUGCGUUGGAAAUUGAUGAAAAAUCUAUGAAAAUAUAUGUAUCGCUGUAAACAGCAGUCGUUCCCCUACUUUUGCGGUACGGCGUGGCUGUUGCUCUGGUGGGG